AUGUGGUUCACAAUUUUUUUCAUAUUCUUCUGGUCAUCAGUUUGUACAGAACAUAUUCCUCUCAGUAAAAUUCAUCUGAAUCAACAUGGAAUGUUCACAGAUCAUCGUGGAUUCAUUAGAUUAUUUAGAGGGUUUAACAACGUGAGAAAAUCUUUUCCAUGGUAUGAAGAAAAUGCCUUCAAUAUCACACAAAUACAAAUGUUCCAGAAUUGGGGUUUGAAUGUUGUUCGAUUAGGUAUUAUGUGGAGUGGAGUAAUGCCAAAUAUAUCAAUAGUGAACACUACAUAUUUAAAUCAAAUUGAAAAGCUGAUUGAUUUAUAUGCUGAUCAUGGGAUUUAUGUGAUAUUAGAUAUGCAUCAAGAUGGAUUAUCUAGCCGAUAUGGUACUUAUGAUGGUAUACCACUUUGGUUAAUUGAUCAGUUUAAAAGACCACCAUACUUUUUACAAGAGCCUUGGCCGUAUAAAAAGUUGCCAGAAUGGGAUGGAGCAUAUUAUUUAACUUACGAGUGUACUAAUGGAGCUCAACAGUUAUAUGAGAAUGUAUCAGGUGCUUGGAAUCACUGGGGUGAUUUUUGGGAAAUCGUGGCUAAACAAUUUGGUAAAAAGUCAAAUGUACUUGGUUAUGAUUUGAUUAAUGAACCUCCACCUGGAAACUUUUAUUCUAAUCCAUUACGUGGGUUUUCAGGUUAUGCUGGUCGAUAUAAUCUACUACCAGUUUACGAUUAUCUUGUUGAGAGAAUACGUAAAUAUGACAAUUCAACAUUAAUAUUCUAUGAACCAGUUACAUAUGGGAUAUUUACUCCUAUAAACCCCUCAGGAUGGUUAGGGACUGGAUUUCGACGUGCUCCUGGAGCUAAUCAUGAUAAAUCAGCACCGAAUAAAAGUGUUUUGUCAUAUCAUUAUUAUUGUUGGGUAUUACAAACUGAUUAUCCGAACUCUACAAUGCCUUUUUGGAAGAAAAUUAUAUGUGACUCGUUCCUCUUACCAACUGUGAUAUCCAAUGCAAUUAAAGCAACAAAAAUAACUGGAGGUGGUAGAUUUUUAACUGAAUUCGGUUUGUGUGGAGAUGAUGGAAAUCCACGUAGUGUAAACACAUUGGAAUGUAAUGCGGUAUUGGAUGAAGCUGAUAAACAUUUUGAAUCAUGGACAUAUUGGGAUGGGAACUUUUUAGAUGAAUUAGGAAAUCCUAUUAAAAGUGAGGUGGAAUCUUUCAUUCGUUCUUAUCCCCAAUCAACAAAUGGGAUAUUUCGUAAACAACAAUUCAAUUAUAAAACCGGAAAUUUUAGUUUCUCCUUCAUUACAAACCAGUCGAGUAAUCAGUAUAGUAAGAAACAGAUUUUAAUUGCAGAAAUUUACAUACCAUUAUCUGUACAUUAUCCAAAUGGAUUUUCAAUGAACAUAAAACCAAACAAUUUAAUUACUGAAAUGAAGGGAAAUAUACUGUCUUUAUACUUGCCAACUGAUGUAGGGAAUAAACAUGUACUCGUUGACAUUGAGAUUGUUAGAAAAUAA